AUGGAUGUGCAUGGGAGAGGUGACAUUGUUUUGAAGGAAAAAAUUCGUUUAAUCAAGGAUAGGUUGAGAUGGUGGAAUCUUAAUAUCUUUGGGAAGAUUGAUUUGGAAGUGGAGGAGGGUGUUAGAGUUCUAAAUGAAUCGGAUGAUAGGGAGAUGUGGGAUGCGGAGGUUCACCUUAAUAAAAUAAAGGCCUCUAGGAGGAUUUGGCUUAACCUCAAGGAAAGACGGAGUAAGAACCAUAUAGGAGCGUUGAACACUCCAGGUGGAAUGGUGUGCUCGGUAAGAGAAGUGAAGGAGGUGGUUAGAGGUCACUUUGAAUCCAAAUUUAAAGAGGAGUGCUUUGAUAGACCUUUAAUGGAUGAUGUUUUUGUGAAUUCUUUGAGUUUGGAAGAUAGUAUAUCGCUUGAGGUUCCUUUUUCGAUGGAGGAGAUUAAAGAGGCGGUGUGGAGUUGCGAUGGUUCUAAAAGUAUGAGGCCGGAUGGUAUUUUUCUUCUCUUUUUCAAGAAGUGUUGGUCUUUUGUCCAAGAAGAUGUGGUUUCUUGUUUUAACGCUUUUUAUUCCGGAACCGUCUUUUCUAAGUCAAUUACCUCUUCUUUUCUAACGCUUGUUCCUAAAAAGGACAAUCCAUUAGAUCUUGAUGAUUAUCGUCUGAUUUGUUUGGUGGGAAGCAUUUAUAAGAUGAUAUCUAAACUUUUGGCUAGCCGUAUUAAGAGGGUGUUCUCUUCGAUCAUUUCCAAUUCUCAAAGUGCUUUUGUUCCAGGGAGACAAAUGUUAGAUGGGGUGAUUGUGGCUAAUGAAAUUGUUGACUAUGCUAGUAAGGAAGGAAAGGAGUGUCUUCUUUUUAAGGAUGGGAUUUGGGAAGUUAUGGAUGAGUUGGAUGGAGUUGAUCGUGUUUUUAGUAAGAUGCCGGUUCUUGUUAACGGUAGCCCCACUAAGGAAUUUGUUGUGGAGAAGGGUUUAAGGCAAGGAGAUCCUAUCUCUCCUUUCCUUUUCGUCAUUGUAGCGGAAGGGCUAAAGGCUUUAAUGGGGAAAGCGGUGGAAAAUGGAGAUUUUGUCGGAUUCAACAUGAAUGGAAGAUGCGAAAUAGAUAUUCUUCAAUUUGUGGAUGAUACUCUUUUAAUAGGAGAUGGGAGUUGGAAUCAUAUUUGGGCUAUUAAAUCGGUGUUGAGAGGUUUCGAAAUGGUGUCGGGACUUAGAAUCAAUUUUCAUAAAAGUAAGUUGAUAGGCAUUAACAUCAACCCGAAUGUAUUGGAAAUAGCUACUACCUUAAUUUCUUGUAGAUCGGAGGACAAGCAUUUCAAGUUUCUUGGUAUUAUGAUCGGGUCUAAUCCUAGAAGGAUUUCUUCUUGGAAGCCUUUAUUGGACAAUGUUAGAAGGAAGUUGAACUGUUGGAAAGGUCGUUGGCUUAGUUUUGGGGGGAGAAUCACUCUUCUUAAAUCGGUGUUGAGUAGUAUGGCGAUUUUCACUCUUUCUUUUUAUAAAGCUCCUAAAGUGGUUAUAGCGGAGAUAAAUAAAUUGCAAAGUAAUUUUUUAUGGGGUGGUUCGGAGGAGACAAGGAAAACGCAUUGGGUUUGUUGGAAGGAUUUGUGUCUUCCGGUCGAGAAGGGUGGUCUUGGUUUUAGAAAUUUAGAAGAGUUCAACAAUGCUCUUCUUUUGAAGUGGAAUUGGCGUAUUUUUGGGGAGUCAAAUUCUUUAUGGUAUCGGGUUUUGAAGGCGAGAUAUAAGGAUGUGAAGAUGAGGGCUUCUUUUUGUAAUGGUUGUUCUACUUCCUUUUGGAAUGCCCUUAGGUUGAAAGAGGGUUUUUUAAAAGAUCUUUUCCCGCGCUUAUAUAGCAUUUCUCUCUUUCAAGAGGUUUCUAUUGGUGUUGCUGCUGUCCCUGCGCAGCAUGCUGCUGCUGAAAACGGACCUGUUGGUGACACCAACAGAGGUGCUGUAGCCGCAGGGUCUGCCAGAAUAUAUGGGCUUGUUGUGCUUCAUCAUCACGGCCAGGUAGAGGCUUUAGCGAGGCUCCUUUUGUCGGCUAAUAUUUGCUUGGGACAGCAAGAUAAAGUUACAUGGAAUCAUGAGAUAGAUGGUAAAUUUUCGGUUUCCUCUUGCUAUUACAUUCUUAAUAGUAGACAUAUUUCUUACGGUCCGGCUAAUCGCUUUGACUCGGUUUUUAAAGAUGUGUGGAAGGUGGAGAUCCCGCUUAAGGAGAGUUUUUGGUAUUGGAGUAACUUUUGUAGAUCAAAGAAGGUUAAAAAAGGGAAGGAGGGAAUUAUUUGGCUUGCAAUUCUUUGGAGCAUAUGGUUGAGAAGGAAUGAUAUUGUCUUUAACAACGCGUCUUGGAACUCUAGAGAUGUCGUAUGGAGUUGUAAAGCUCUUAUAUGGAGAUGGUCGUUUAUCGGGAAAAUUAUGCGUGCCAAUUGUAAUUUCUAUGAGUUUAGCAAUAACCCAUUGUUUUACUUAAGCUAG